UAGUCUCUCUUUCCUGUUUCGUUAACGUUGAUUCUUGUUCCGUAGGUUAGCUUUGUGUGUGUGCUGCAAGGAAUUUUGAAGCUCAACUAAAAUUUUUUGCUCUUGCGAGAAGAAAAAGGAGAAAAAAUGUUCCUACGGUGGAAGAAGCUCCUUCAGUACAAAUUCAUUAGUGGUUUUGUGUCUGGUGCUGCAGUAAGCACAGCAACAUGCGUUACACUGAUGCAAUUUUACAAGCGGAAUAGUUCGGAAAAGAUUGAUAGUAGAAAUAAUGAAGAGCCUCAAUAUGAAGAGUUGGGGAGGUAUGGUUUUCCAUUGACAGGUGCAGAACUAAGAUAUUACACCAAUCAUACAUUAUCAUAUGACCAGGCCAAAAGGAUACCUAGAUGGGUGGCUGAACAUAUUUCAAGUGCAAAAUUGUUAGGCAAAGCAGACAGGAAGCACUGCAAAUUCAAGCCUGACCCAAGUGUUCCUCCACUUUUCACAGCUGUGAACGAGGACUAUUUGCACAGCGGCUGGUCACGAGGACAUAUGGCACCAGCGGGUGACAAUAAAUAUUCAGAACAGUCAAUGGCUGAAACAUUUUACCUGUCUAAUAUCGUGCCACAGAACAUUGAAAACAAUGGUGGUUUCUGGAACAGGCUUGAAAUGUACUGCAGAGAUCUGACAAAGAGGUUUGAUGAUGUAUGGAUCAUUACAGGACCCCUAGUCUUGCCUGAAGUUGGAGCUGAUGGGAGCAAAACUGUAUCAUACAAAGUAAUUGGAAAAGAUGACGUUGCUGUCCCCACACACCUCUACAAAGUCAUCCUUGUACAAAGAAAGCAGUCAUCCUCUGAACCUCUUGCUCUGGGGGCCUUUGUGGCGCCAAACAAGCCAAUAAGUUUUGACCAUCCUCUGACAGAGUACCAGGUCAGUCUGCAAUACCUGGAGAAGAUGUCAGGUCUUACUUUCUUCCCAAAGUUGGACAAAACGCAGCCUGUUCAGAACCUCUGUGAUGCAGAUACUUGCAAGCUGAUGGAUUUCCAGGAAUUCACACUUUAUAUCACAGGCCGCAAGGUGUCCAGUGCCAGGACUCAGCCCAAACUGGAGAAGAUAAUGUCCGAAUUGAAGGAGUCUGGAAUUGAACCUGAUGACUAUCUGCUCAGGCUGUAUGAGGAGAAAAAGAAAGAAUUAAGUUCUAAGGCGGUACUGGAGAGGAAGUCAGGAUAAUUACACCUGCCCUGCAGUUGAAAGGAGGGACUUGGAAGGAGGUUACAAUUACUUAUUAUGUCAACAUCAUGAACAUGCAGAGCGUGUUCAUCAAUUUUUUAAGUAUGGAAAAUAUAUGAUUUAAAAGCUUUGACCUGCUCUUUUUGCCCUUUGAUUGUCACAUUGCAACACUUAUGUAAAUUGAUCUUUACAGCAGUAUCAGUACUGUUUUGAUGCAUUGUUGACUUAUCUCUGGAAGAGGUACUUCAGCACUUGUAGCAUCUUUAUUUCUUCUUUUAAGUUUUUUUUUUGUGUGUUUGUUCUCCAAAUAUGUAUGAGCUUACCAUUUUGUUUACUGCCUACAGGCCUCUUGAGAGUGAAGUAUUUCUAUUUUUUUGCUGUACUGGGCUGUUUAUUAAAUCCACUGAAUUGCUUAUGCACAUGUAGCUAGAUGUAUUCCAUCUCUCUGUAGUGCAGAGUGGGAGAACCUGACAAUUGACAUUUGCUCUGAAAAUAAAAAAACUCAAAUUAAAUAGAAAUUUGGACAAUAACAUUGGCCUUUUCAGCCAUGAGAGGAGACCAAUAAAUUGCUACUCCUUUUUUUAGAAACAAAUUGUGAUUUAUUGUAAUAUAUCACUUUUAGAAUCCUCUGUAAUUUCUUUGGGUACAGCACAGACUCUCUGUUUUUUUCACAUAUAAAGUAUAUUGACUUUAA